GCCGUUUGCCGCAAUCAGUCAUCGGUUAGCUCUGGUUGCUGGUGCUGUGGUGGCUAAGCGCGCAUUCCGUCUUUCUACAAAUAAAAUCUAUACAUAUUUUUUUAAGCUGACGUUGACGUGCUUUUUGUUGUUGUUUUUGUUUGAUUCGGUGGAUUUUACGCCGUAGAUCGGCAAUUGUUAAACAAAAAGCGAGCAAUGCGAUCGUGAUUCGUAUAGAAACGGUUGAAUAACAAAAACAUACAUACAUAUUAUAAAUAAAUACUUAACAAAAAAGAAAUAAUAUAUAUAUAUACAUAUAUAUAUAUAUAUAAAGCAGAAGGUAUUGGACAUUUAAUAAACUAACGCCAGUUGUGAUUCGAUCUUCGAGAUGGAGCUCUAUACGUCGGACAGCUCGGACACGGACUCGCGGGAGCAGAAAACGAUCGAUUUUGGUCGCAUGAAUUUGGAUGUGGUAACACUCGAGGAUCAUCUAAGUUCCCCCCACAAGGCAUUGGUCAAGUCGAGCGGCGACAUCGAGACUCUGCUGCUCAACCAUAAUCGUUUGGUGGGUUUACCCAGCAUGUUGCAACAGUUUGUCAAUAUCAAAAUACUUGAUUUGAGCUCAAAUGCCAUCACCCAAUUGCCAGAUGCGAUUUGUCAAUUGCCAUUGGUGACGCUCAUCGUGAAGAACAAUCUGUUGACCAACUCAUCGUUGCCAAAGUCAUUGCUGAGCAAACUAAGUGGAAAUAAUCAUGCUGCUGGCACAUCUUCCUUAAAGGAGCUCAAUUUGAGUGGCAAUCAAUUGACGCACUUUCCGGAACAGGUCACCGAACUGCGACAGCUCAAGUAUCUGUAUUUGGGCGGCAACAAGAUCUCGAGUAUCUCCAAGGAUAUUUGGAAGAUGCAAAGUUUGCACGUACUUUCCCUUGGCGGCAACCUGAUUAGCGAGGUGGCUGAGUCGGUAGGAUCGCUGAGUCAGCUGCAAGCACUCGUGCUCUGUGACAAUCUCAUCGAGCAUCUGCCCAUGAGCAUUGCGCGUCUGAAGAACCUUAAGUCGCUGCUGUUGCACAAGAAUAGACUUAAGCACUUGCCCAAGGACAUUGUGGCGCUGAAGAACCUAACCGAGCUGAGCUUGCGUGAUAAUCCGUUGGUGGUGCGUUUCGUGCAGGACAUGGCCCUGAAGCCACCGACGCUAUUGGAGCUGGCUGGACGCAUUGUCCGGGCAAGUGGACAGCGACCGGGACCGGAGGAUGUACCUCGCACUCUUGUGGAGUAUCUAAAUAGCGCCAAUUGUUGUGUCAAUCCGAAUUGCAAGGGCGUCUUCUUUGACAAUCGUGUGGAGCAUAUUAAAUUUGUCGAUUUCUGUGGCAAAUACAGGGUGCCCUUGUUGCAGUACCUCUGCUCCUCCAAAUGCAUUGAGCCCGAGAGGCCAACGAGGGCUACGUCCAGCAGCAAUGCCAACGCCAGCAGCGGCUUCAUGAUGCGCAAGGUAUUGCUCGGCUAGAGGCGAGACAUCAUCAUGAGCCACCUGUGGUGUUCCGGGACCGAACAACUGUUCGACGUGUCGCUGCCCACCGAUUUGGUGAGGACCUCCAAAUCCAUUGUCGGCUGUAUGGUCCCCUCACCAUCCUCCCACUCUACUGCUGCGGCCCAAAUUACGGCCACACUCUCCGCUAACCCAUUGGCUUUAUCACAAUUACCAAAAUUUCCAAUUUGCCAAUUUGCCAAAUGCAUUUUUUGUUCAUUGUUAUUGUUAUGAUAUUGUACAUAAACCCGAUAUGAAAUAUAUAGAACCGCAUAUAUAAAUCAAAAAUUUAUAUUA